GGCAUUGUAUGAAAAGCUCUGAUGCGUGUGUGAUGCCGGAACUAAAAUUUCGGCGUCAUUCUAAACGAGCCCGUUUAGUGUGUGGACGGUAGCGUCCAAGACCAGCCAGAAUGCUUUGUUUGCUUUAGCUAAGCUGACAUUUUUACGUCGUGCCUGGUACUACUUUUUCAUUUUGAUUAGUUCGUUUUAGACCGUGAGAUGGACCACAAUCCACAGACUAAAGCCGGCAUGGACCGGCCCGACCUGGUUUCCGAGGACGGAAAGAACAGCAAGUCUGUCCUGUGUCAACGAUGCGGAUCCAAAGUGCUGUCCCCGGGAAUGGCUGUGUUCGCAGAGAAAGAGCUUAUACUACCAUCCAUGCGUAAAAAGAGCAACCUCAGUGCCACAGAGGGAUCAGUGGACAGGGACACACUGACCUCCCACUGGUUAGUGGGGGAUAUGUUCGAUUUUGAGAACGUGGGCUUCACUAACGAUGUGGGGAGAAUUAAGUAUCUCAUCUGCGCAGACUGUGAGAUUGGACCCAUCGGCUGGCACUGUUUGGAUGACAAGAUAGGUUACUAUGUUGCGAUAGACAGAGUGAACCAUGUCUAGUUUUAAAGCGUAACGAAACAGAAGAAAUUGUCAAAGUAAAUACACUGUACAGUGGACCCCGCAUUGCAGUGCGUUUUUUUGUUUUUGUUUUUGUUUGUUUUUUGGGGGUUUUUUCCCCCCAAAGAAUUUUCCAUUUCAAAAAAAAAAUUUCAAUUCUUUUUGUCUUUUUUUGAGGGGGGGCAAUUUAAAUUUUAAUUUUAAGCAAUUAUCCACAGAUUUUCGCUAUUUGUGGUCCGGCCCGGACUAUCACUAUCCCCCGUGAAAAGUGCGCGUCCACUGUAGGUGCUUGCUGGAUUUUUAUGGAUUUACUGUCAGUGCUAACCCUUAAAAACACACAUUGAGUUCAUACUGUAGAUGUCACUACUGUUCUUAUUUCUCGCACAGAGAACUGUAUCAUGAUUGUGCUCUAAUAAAAAUAUUAAACUUUCUCAA